CGUUGAUCACGAUGCUUAUCCGUUGGCUGAGGCCUUCUGGAACGCAUCAGAUUGUGCGAUCGUGGGUAACCAAAUCCGCUGUUCUCUCCCGUGUCACCAAAACUGGUGGUUCUGCCGCCGAGCUGCAAAAGGUUUCGCGGGUUUCCCAGCCCCUCUUGUCGCCCAAUUUUGAUGCUAGGCUCCCAGAUUCGACGAUCCAGAGCUCUGGAUUUCUCAAUUAGCCAGUCACGGGGCAGUUAAACCCAAUAUGCAAGCUCUUCUUUAUCCGAAUGUCCAUGGUCGGAGGAUUGGGCUGAGUGACGGCGGUGGUGCCAAGUAUAAAGCUCCCUGAGCUAUCCCAAGCUUGCUCGCAUUUUCACCUUGACGAGACCAAUUGAGUUUUUAGCUCGUAGCCUUUCCUUAGCCAAUCUCCUCUGAACAUCACAAUGGUAUUUUCGAUCAUAUUUGCUCUGCCCUUGGUGGCUCACGUCACCUUCGCUGCUACGUCGAGCUAUCCCACGAAGCCACCAUUUUCAACGAUCCAGCCAGCUCUGACAGAUAUCCGUGCUGCACAGGCUACUGUUAUGCCAGCGUCUCCUACCUCCAAUGUCCAGGGCAAAGCAUUUAAUAGAAUUAUUCAAAUCUGGCUCGAGAAUACAGACUACGACAAGGCUGCGGCUGACCCAAACAUGCAGUGGCUACAAAGCCAAGGCAUUCUUCUUACAAAUUACUGGGCUGUGACCCAUCCUUCCGAGCCUAACUAUAUCGCCGUAGUUGGAGGCGACGAUUUUGGAAUGGAAAACGACGACUUCAAUCGUGUGGCUAAGAACGUUUCUACGGUCGUGGAUCUGCUAGAUACCAAGGGCAUUUCUUGGGGAGAGUAUCAAGAAGACAUGCCAUACCCUGGAUUCUUGGGAUUCAACUUCACUAACCAGCAAAAUACCUCACGUAAUGACUAUGUCCGAAAGCACAACCCUUUGAUCAUCUUCGACUCGGUCACUUCCAAUGCCACCCGUCUUCCUCUGAUCAAGAAUUUCACCUCUUUCGACUCGGAUUUGAAGGCCCAAACUCUGCCACAAUGGUCGUUCAUGACCCCAAAUAUGACAAACGAUGGCCAUGAUACAACCAUCACCUUCGCCUCGAUCUGGGCGAGGACCUUCCUUGAGCCUCUGCUGAAGAAUCCUUAUUUCAUGAACAACACACUUGUUGUACUCACCUUUGAUGAGGACGAUACAUAUCCAGAAAGCAAUAAAGUUUUUACUGUACUUCUCGGCGGAGCGAUUGCGGGACACGAAAACACAACCGACGACACCUUCUACAACCACUACAGCAUGCUCUCUACGGUAGAGCUAAACUGGGGCCUCCCGUCCUUGGGGCGCUGGGACUGUAACGCCAACGUCCUCGCCCUCGUGGCCAACAAGACGGGAUACACCAACCAGAAAGUCGACACCAAGGACCUUUUCUUCAACGCUUCGUACCCAGGGCCGCUUUCCGAUUCUCAAUGGGUGCCUGUCUGGCCUGUGCCAGCCACUAAUGCGAAAUGUGCCACGGGCUCUGUCCUAGCAAGCGUUGUCUCUACCUGGGGCAAGAGUGAUGGGUCGUUCGAUUACACCAAUGUUUAUCCAUUAGCUAACUCGAGCGUUUCCGCUGGCACUUCGCCAUCGAGUACAGCAAGCGGAACUGGAAGCUCCACUUCAUCAACCUCAAGCCCUUCCUCAUCGACGAAGCCUUCUGCGGCAAACAUAAAUAUAGGUUCCAGCUGUGCUCUCUUACUUGGAUUGGCUGGUAUUGUAUCUGCUUUUAUCAUGUAAAUAAAG